AAUAACAAUUAUAUGUGUUAAAAUUCAAGUAUAAAUAUUAAAAAAAAACUUAAAUCUCAAAAAUUUAUAUCUAUAUAGAUAUAUCUUUAUUUAAAAAUAAAAAUAAAAGAAGAAACAUAACCUAAUCUUGCAAGUUGCAAAACACAAGAAAGUACAUGCCAUCCUGAAAAAGAAACAAAGGAACAAAACAAAACCAACGAACCAUUUAUCCAUUCACACGCAGAAGGUGAACAAAUCCAUCUAACUGGUACAAAUUAGUAGUACAUAUAUAGCUGUCUUCCUCUUUCUCUAAUUAUUACACCUAAUUAUUAUUAUUAUUAUUAUUAUUUUUCUUUUGCUGUCUGUUCAACCCCACUAAUUGACUCUCCAUUCUCUUAUUCUCUCUUUUGAGUUUUCUUUUUCUCUUUUUCCAUUUAAUUCUAUGAACUUGUCAAAACAAUACAUUUAUUUGAAAGCAAAGUUUAUUUCUUUAUUAGUUUUUUUUCUUUUGGGUUGCUUUCCAAUUAGUUAAUUAAAUGCUAGUCUUAUAGCAACGUGCUGCUGCAUAUUUGUUAUGACUGAGUUUGAGGAGGUCAUGAUAUGACUUUGUGUGUUCUUCUGCUAAAUCUUUAUUAUUUUCUGUGUUCUUCUUAUUGUACAUUGAUAUUUCAAGAGAUUUUGAGGUUACCCUUUUCUUUUCUUGAUAUUUUAUAAGUGGAUGGCAGUGGUUUUGUCCUUAUAAAAAUCCUUUCCAGGUUUGUCUGUUCUUUUUUAUUCUAGUGUUAUACUCUUGCUUCUUGGUGCUUUUGCAAUUUGGCAUUGUAUUCUUAACUAGUUUUGAUUAUUAAAAGACACUAGUUCUCUCUGCCAUUUGUGUUUCUAUUUCACAUAAAAAUCUCAGUUUUGUCAUUUCUGUUAUUUCAGUUUUGAACUACUCCUUGUUCUCUCCUUUUUGAAGUCUUUUCAGUUUUAAUCUGAUUCUGUACUCUGGGUUCUGCUUCAAGCUCUCUGGUCAUGGUGAAUAGUGGGGGUUCUGGUUUUUUCUUCUGGGUUGCUUCAAUAUUAUGUUUGAUUUGCAUUUCAUCAGGAUAUGAUCCUAAAGAUAAGUAUUUGAUAGAUUGUGGAUCUUCUAGUAAUCAAUCGGUAGGAAAUCGUGUAUUUGUGUCUGAUCAAUUCUACUCCAAUCUUCUUUCAACCCCAAACAUUUCUACAGCCAAUGCUAGUUCUAGUCCUAUUCCAUCUUCAUCAUAUGACCCUUCUCUUUUCCAAACUGCAAUAAUAUUCACCGAAACCUCCCAAUACACCUUUACCAUUAAUAAAUCAGGAAGGCAUUGGAUUCGCCUUUAUUUCUACCCUUUUGUCUCUAGAAAUCUUAAUCUCAGCACAGCAAACUUCUCAGUUUCUGCUCAAAAUUUCACCCUUAUCAAGGAGUAUAAAUCAAAGAUUGGUCCUGAGGUCACGGAGUACUCUCUCAAUGUAACUUCUAGUACGCUAGUCCUCACCUUUACUCCUUUUGCCAAGUCAUUUGCUUUUGUUAAUGCCUUGGAAGUUUUUUCACUUCCUGAUGAACUCAUUCCUCCUGGUGCCACCAUAGUUGGUAACCACGACAACUAUAGUCUACAGAACCGGGCAUUAGAAACAGUUGAAAGGGUUAAUAUGGGGAAUGAAACUGUUUCUCCUCAAAAUGAUACUUUGUGGAGACUCUGGAAUUAUGAUGGUCAGUAUCUUACACAUGGAAACAUAGGAAAGUUUGAGUCAAAUGUCAAAGCUGUCAAUUUUACAACAGGAGGGCCAACAGAGAAUAUUGCUCCAUCUUCUGUUUAUGGAACUGCUACUAUUUUAAAUUCAGCUGGUGAUCCUAACACCAAUGCCAAUGUGACAUGGUUGUUUAAUGUUGAUCCUGGCUUUGAGUAUCUGGUUCGUUUCCAUUUUUGUGAUAUAUUGAGUGGAAAUCAUGAAAGGUUCUACUUCAAUGUUUAUAUUGGUUCCUUUUUAGUUGUUCAAUAUCUUGAUCUUCUUAAAGAAACAUCACAUGUGGGUGCUCCAUAUUUUCUGGAUGUGAUCACAAGGGUAAGUCAUAGCCGUAUGCUAAAUAUUAGCGUUGGUCCUUCUAGUAGCAACUCUUACCCAAUGGCCAUUCUUAAUGGACUGGAGAUAAUGAAAAUAAGCAACUCUAAGGACAGUCUUGAUAUCUUGGACUCCGUUUCUGUGGAAAAUUCCAAGUCGAGGGUCAUUCUAAUAGUUGGGUUGGCUGUUGGAUUAUUUAUCCUUAUUGUUUUUACUUUGAUUCUCUUUCUGCUAUGUAGAAGAAAGAGACUAGCACAUCUGAAGGCAGAAAAUCACUUUGCUAUGAACGGCGGUGAUACAGAAAGUAAGUUCUCCAAUGGGGCUACCAUAUUUUCAACUUCAAAAUUUGGGUAUCGCUUCCCUUUUGGGGCAAUUCAAGAGGCUACUGAUAACUUCAGUGAAAGUUUGGUGCUUGGUGUUGGUGGUUUUGGAAAGGUUUACAAGGGACUUUUGAGAGAUGAGACGAGGGUGGCAGUGAAAAGGGGGACUUCUCAAUCACAAGGAAUUGCAGAGUUCCAGACUGAGAUUGAAAUGUUAUCUCAAUUCAGACACAGACAUUUGGUUUCUUUGAUUGGAUAUUGCGACGAAAGAAAUGAGAUGAUUAUAAUAUAUGAGUAUAUGGAGAAUGGUACCCUCAAAGACCAUUUGUAUGGAUCAAAUCAACCCAGCUUAAGCUGGAGACAACGGCUUGAAAUAUGCAUUGGAGCAGCUAAAGGACUUCACUACCUCCAUACUGGCUCUGCAAAGGCAAUAAUUCACCGGGAUGUCAAGUCUGCAAACAUACUAUUAGAUGAGAAUUUCAUGGCCAAGGUUGCUGAUUUCGGCCUUUCAAAGACUGGUCCUGAGAUUGAUCAGUCACAUGUUAGCACAGCAGUAAAAGGAAGCUUUGGAUAUCUCGAUCCAGAGUACUUGAUCAGACAACAAUUGACGGAGAAAUCUGAUGUCUACUCCUUUGGAGUGGUCAUGUUUGAAGUUCUUUGUGGGAGACCCGUUAUCGAUCCAUCACUAUCAAGGGAAAAGGUGAAUCUAGUUGAAUGGGCACUGAAGUGUCACAGGAGAGGGCAAUUGGAGGAAAUUGUAGAUCCUCUUUUGGAAGGUCAAAUAAAGCCAGAUUCUUUGAAGAAGUUUGGAGAGAUAGCUGAGAAAUGCUUGGCAGAAUGUGGCAUUUAUAGACCUUCAAUGGGAGAUGUCUUGUGGAAUUUGGAGUAUGCACUUCAACUUCAAGGACAAGAAGAAAGAUCUAGUCAUAUCCGGAGGCAAACUGCUGAAAUUAACCGUGUCAAUAGCUUCGAGGCCAGUGUUUCGGCUGCACAAGUCAGCAUGGGAGAUCUUUCAGGUGUUUCAAUGAGCAAAGUUUUUGCUCAAAUGGUGAGAGAAGAAAUGAGGUAGAAGACUGCAGUAAGGUCAUACAUUCAAAUACAAAACUCAAGGAAAAAUUGAUGUUAGAUGAGUAUAUAUACUGUACAGAAGGGUUGGAUUCAAAUUUUUUGCCGGUGUGCCUGCUAUUUUUUUUCCCCAGAAUUAGCUAGCUUCCAUUGAAUCUUGUCAAAAGAAAAUGCAAGGAUCAUCGUACUUGUAUUUUUGUCGUUCUCAUUUCAGAUUUUGUGCUAUUUCUAUGGUCCAUUGUUCAUUGAAUCAGGGACUUUCUCCCUUUAUGUAUAAUUAUGCUUCCUACAUAAAUUUGAUCCCUUUUCUUUUGUUUUCUUUA